AUGUUUUUUCUCUCCUUCCUUCUUUUGUUGCUUCCUCUCGUCUCUAGUGCAUCACGCCACAGCUCACGCAUGCGCAGGAUGCAUGCUAGAUUUGACGAUACAGUGAUUACCGGCCAAUGGUCCUCUGUUCAGACGGGACCGUACUCGCUAUCCAAUGAUCUAUGGAACGAGAACAAUGCUCUCACGGGCUCCCAAACGUCCCAGCUCACGUCGUCGAGCGGUAGUGGAAUUGGUUGGACGACCUCAUACACAUGGACUGGUGGAUACCAAGUCAAGAGCUUCGCCAACGUUCAGCUCAAUACCGGUAUCAAUCAACAGUUGAGUGCUAUUUCCAGCAUGAAUACUAGUUGGCAAUGGAGUCAGUCGAGCGACGACGUUAUGGCUGAUGUGGCUUAUGACCUGUUCACAUCUUGGAGCUCUGGAGGCUCGAAUGCAAACGAAAUAAUGAUCUGGCUUGCAAACAUCAACUCUGGACCGAUCUCCUACAACUACGACGCUGAGGGCAAUGCUGUUCCUAUUGCGACCGGUAUCUCGUUGGAAAAUUACACAUGGAACUUGUACUCUGGAUUCAACGGAGUCAACCAAGUUUACUCGUUCCUCCUGCCCAAAGGCAGUGGUAACAUCAACUCGUUCAGCGGUGACGUGUAUUCAUUCCUAUCGUACCUGAUCGACAACGAGGGCAUAUCCUCAUCGCAGUAUUUGACCUGUGCUCAGGCAGGCACAGAGGUCAUAACUGGAACAGCGCAAUUUACUACGUAUGCUUACAACUUGACUAUCAACUAA